AUGAACAAUGGCGUCACCACAGUGGAUUGCCACAAACAAGUUCGAUCAUGGAGGAUGCUUCGUUAUCUCAAGGAACUACUAAUUCCCACUUGCAAUCGCACCUUCCUAGAAGAAGACCAACAUACCAAUUCAGAAAAGUGUCUCCAAAACUACAACAAGUAUCAAUCACUCAUAACAUCUAGCACCGUCACAGGCACUAUCUUUGGUAAUCGCAGGGGAAAGGUGCGUUUUUGCAUCCAGGGGAACACAAACUCCACCAACCCAAUUCUCCUACUAGAACUAUCUAUUCCCACAAGCAUUUUAGCAAAGGAAAUGAGAGAAGGAACACUCAGAAUAGUGUUAGAAAGUGGAACCACCCCAGGAUCUUGCAGUUGCAGCAACCUGUUUUCAACACCUCUGUGGAGUAUGUAUUGCAAUGGGAGGAAGGUGGGGUAUGCUGUUAAACGCAGGCCUUCAAAUGCUGAUUUUGAAGCUCUAAGAUUGAUGCGUUAUGUUGCUGUUGGUAUUGGAGUUAUAAAUGGGAAGGAUAUCCAUCAAGAAGAAGACGAGGUUAUGUAUCUUAGAGCAAACUUUCAAAGGGUUCGUGGCUCCUCAAAGUCCAAUUGUGAAUCUUUCCAUUUGAUUGACCCUGAAGGAAGCAUUGGUCAAGAGCUUAGUAUUUUCUUUUUUCGGUCAACGUGA